UUGCCACAAUCUCUCUCUCUCUCUCUCUCUCUCUCUCCGAGCUCCCUCACUUAUCUCCACAUGGAUCUGGAUCAUGAAACCCACCAUCCAUAUCCGACGGCCGAAACCCACCUGACUCCGGCAGUCCGGUACUCAGCACGCCGCCAGAUCCCCCUCCGCCGUAGGCGUAAACUACCGAUAGUACGCCUCGGAUCAGAUGGGAAGAAACCUCGGAGAGUGCUUGCCCUUGUGAAAAUGUUCAGGAGGAUUCGACUACGGUGGUUAAAGUUGCAGUACAUGCGCAUGAUGAGGAAGUUCAAGGAGUAUUAUCGGAAUUUGGUUAAAGAUCUUAUGGAAGCAGGAGCAACGCUGGAGACUUUCCACCAAAGGGUUAUCAUGGAGGCCUCUCUCGCUGUUCCGGUCAUGGGAGUUUCUUUCAACAGCUACCCGUCAGUGCCCGGAUCACACCGGCCUCGAACCCUCAUGAUGUAAAAGUCUUCGCUUUUCUUUCUUCUAUUACUCACGGUUACGCACAUCUGAAUCAGUUUCUCUGAUCUCUACCUCCUUUGUUUUUCCAUUAUCAAACCAUAAUUUGAAUAAAUCUGAAACAAAGUUAAAUG